AAACCUGUAAAUCCAUCUAUCCGCUUCUCUCACUCAUUCUCAAGUUUGUUCGUAUUUUGAAUCGCAACUCUUUCGAUUAUCUCGAAGCAGAAGAAGUCGUCUUCUUCCUCAUACCGAUCGCCGGGGGAAGUUUUACAGAUGUUUGUGAGAAAGCUUGUCGAGAAGGCUUCGAUUUCAAAGAAGCCUGGUGGAAAUGCUGAUGGGUUGAAAGCCAGUGAUGUAGACCCGCGUCUGGUAUUCCAUUAUGGAAUACCAUUCGGAUCCAGCAAGUUUUCUUAUGAUCCUAUUCAGAAGAUUCUGGCAGUAUCUACAAAGGAUGGCCGAAUCAAAUUUUUUGGAAAAGGUAACACUCAAGCUGUGCUUGAAUCCAGUGAGACAGUGCCAAGCAAGUUUUUAGAGUUUAUCCAGAAUCAAGGCAUCCUUUUGAAUGUAAAUUUCAAGAACCAUAUUGAGGUUUGGAACAUAGACAAGAAGUUGUUGUCUCAUGUACAUGUUUCUAAAGGAGAUAUUACCUCUUUCACAGUCAUGCAACAUGGUCCAUACAUGUAUGCUGGAGAUUCCGUUGGCAAUAUUACAGUUUUCAAGCUCGACCAGGAACUAUGUCAUAUGGUUCAAAUGAAAUAUACCAUACCUUUCUCAGCUUCUCAUGGAAACUUGACAGAGGUUUCUGGUGAUACGGCUGUGACUUAUAUACUGCCUCAACUUACAGCUGAAAGCAAAAGGAUUCUGAUAAUAUUCAGAGAUGGUGUAAUCACAUUGUGGGACAUUCGAGAGAGCAGAUCUACUUUUGUAACAGGUGGAAAUAUGUUGCAGUCACUAACUCAUGAGGGAAAACAAGCAACUUCUGCUUGCUGGGUUUGCCCUUUUGGAAGUAAAGUAGCCAUUGGAUACAGCAAUGGAGAAGUUCUCAUUUGGAGCAUUCCUACUUCUAAUCUGAAACCAGAAUCAGCAUUGGAGAGUGGCACCCAAACUACUCCUAUAUUUAAACUAAAUCUUGGGUUCAAAUCAGAAAAGAUUCCAAUAGCAUCUUUGAAAUGGACUUAUGCUGAUGGAAAAGCUAGCCGACUAUAUGUCAUGGGUGCCUCUGAAGCAGGCUCUAUAAAUGUGUUGCAGGUAAUUUUAUUGAAUGAGCAUACUGAAUCUCGCAAUAUCAAGCUGGGACUUCCUUUGUCUGAGGCUUGCUUGGACUUGGAGAUCAUUUCAAGCACUAUUGAGCAAAACAAGCAUAAGCAAGAUUUUUUGCUUUUGAUUGGAAAAUCAGGACACAUUUAUAUUUUUGAUGAUUCUUCAAUUGAAAAAUAUCUUCUGCAAUGUCAGUCAAGGUCACCACCCUCACUCCCUAGGGAAGUCAUGGCAAAGAUGCCAUUUCUAGAUUCAAAUAUCAUCAUAUCCAAACUUGUCACAGGCAACCAUUACAUGCUACAUGCAGAAGAUGAUUAUAUUAUAUUGACCAAAGAUAUCCCAUCACCUUUUCCUUUGGAAACAAAAUCCAAAGAAGGAAGUCACUUGAACUCAAACCACUUCAAUGGAUUUUCAGAGAUUAAAAACCUCUACAUCACUGGACAUAGUGAUGGAGCAAUCCAUUUUUGGGAUUUAUCCUGCCCAUUUCCUAUACCUGUUUUAUCAUUAAAGCAGCAGAGUGAAGAUGAUUUUUCUUUGAGUGGUAUACCCCUUACAGCGCUUCAUUUUGAUGGCAACUCUCGGAUUCUUGUUUCUGGUGACCAGAGUGGAACGGUUAGAAUCUUUAAAUUUAAGCCUGAACCAUAUGCAACUGAGAACAGUUUUAUCUCUUUCCAAGGAAGCACAAAGAAAGCGAACAAUCACAUUAUCCAAAGUGUUAAGGUCCUUAAGGCUAAUGGUGGUUCUGUGCUUUCCUUAAACAUAAACCAUAGUUCAAAACAUCUUGCCAUUGGGACUGAUCAAGGAUAUGUUUCUGUAGUUGACAUAGAGGGGCCCAAUCUCUUAUAUGAAAGACAUGUUACUAGUGAAAUCUGCACAGGCAUCACCUCCCUGCAGUUUAAAACCUGCAAUUUACUAAACUUUGAAAAGAAUCUUUUGGUGGUUGCAACAAAGGAUUCAUCAGUUUUAGCUUUCGACAGUGAUACUGGAAAUAUGUUGAGUACUAGCGUGGUUCGACCUAAGAAACCCUCAAAAGCUCUAUUCAUGCAGAUAUUGGAUGGCCAGGAUACAUUAGUCAGGGGAUCAAGUAUGUCAACUGAGGUAGACAUCACCAAAGGGAGUCCUGUCGAAGAUGCAAUACCAAAGCAGUCAGUUCUACUGCUGUGUUCUGAGAAGGCUGCAUACGUCUACUCCUUUGUUCAAGCUGUUCAGGGAGUCAAGAAAGUGUUCUACAAGAAGAAGUUUCAGUCUGCUUCUUGUUGCUUGGCAUCAGUAUUCCAUAGUGCCUCUGAUAUGGGCCUUAUGCUGGUCUUUGAUAGUGGAAAGGUUGAAAUAAGAUCCUUGCCAGAGUUAUCCUUAUUGAAGGAAACUUCAAUCAGAGGGUUCAGAUACUCCACACAGAAACUAAAUUCUUCAUCUGACAGUUCCAUAUGCUCUUCGGUGGAAGGAGAUCUUGUGAUGGUAAAUAGUGAUCAAGAACUCUUCAUUGCCUCAGUUUUGCCUCAGAAGGAAAGUUUUAGGCUGCUGGACUCUGUCAGCCAAGUCUACCGGAAAGAUCUUUCACUUUCACAUGAUGACCUUGCCCCUGGACCCACAGUCCAGAAGGAGAAGAAGAAGGGUAUUUUUGGCUCUGUUCUAAAAGGCAGCAAAACCAAACAUGUACCUGAGGUUGAGAUAGAAGAUACUAAAGAAAGUAUUGAGGAAUUAUCAACAAUAUUUUCAACAGCUAAUUUUCAAUGUGAGGAUGAGACCGGAGAUAACUUGGCUGCGGAUGAAGAUGAAAUGGACUUAAAAAUAGAUGAUAUUGAUAUAGAUGAUCUUGGGGAGAGGAAACCCAAAGAACAGAACAUGUUGGCAGGACUCGACAAGAAAAAGCUGGCAAGCAAACUUCAGGCUUUUACAGGUAAACUGAAACAGAUGAAAGUAGUUAAAAAUGAGAAAAGUAUAGCCAAAGAAGAGCCACAGGAAGAAAAGACUAAUGCAGUGGAUCAAAUCAAGAAAAAAUACGGGUUUUCUUCAUCUAGUGAAACAAGUGUUGCUAAAAUGGCAGAGAGCAAGCUCCAAGAGAACUUGAGAAAGUUGCAGGGAAUCAGCUUAAAAACUACAGAGAUGCAAGAUACGGCAAAAUCAUUUGCUUCCAUGGCAAAAGAAUUGCUGAGAACAACAGAAGAUAAAAAAAGCUCAUAAUCCAAAUCUACAAUAUUAAAAUUUUCGAUUUUUUAUUUCUUUUGUAUUUAAGAAAAGUAUGUUAUUCAAGUUUAUUAAUGUAAUAUAUCGAUUGGAACAUAUUCUUCUUUAUUUGUUUUACUUUGUAUUGUGAUAAUGACUUGUGUACCUAUACGUGUAAAGUUUUCAUAUUAUUUCAACAAAAUGAAAAUGAAAUGCACUCGAAGAUUCAUAAAGUUUGGACAAUUUC